GUACAAUGAUUUCUGCGAAAAGUAAAAAGUAAAGUGUCUGCCCGACUUUAUUUGCAACGAUCUGGCGGCUAUAGCGUGGAUAAGUGUGUACUGAACGUUGUGAUAGGGAAACGCUAACCAUUUCGCUGUAAAUUGUCGAUUAUUGCCCAUCAUAAUGCAAUUUGACAUUUAACAUGGCUGCUUUGUUAGAAAUUUAGUCAUUGUUGCCUUGGAAGAAAGCAAGAGAAUAAGUCACGAUAAGAGACUUUUACCUGUGAAAGAAAUUAAUCAUUUAGGUUCUAUAGUGAUCGAUUUAACCGUGGAUAACGUAAGAAAAAUGACGACAGCCGAAAACACAAUUCGGUUCAGUGAUCACACUCUAGACAAGGCGACAAAAGCCAAAGUUACACUAGAAAAUUACUACAGCAAUCUCAUAACACAAUGCGGGGAACGAAAGCAACGUCUCGCGAAACUGGAGGCUCAGCUCAAGGACGACACUCUAUCAGAGUCGCAGAAACAAGAGAAACGACUCCAACACGCACAGAAGGAAACUGAAUUUCUGCGGCUGAAACGCUCGCGCCUGGGGGUGGAGGAUUUCGAAGCUCUCAAGGUUAUAGGUCGCGGAGCAUUCGGUGAAGUGCGCUUAGUACAGAAAAAGGAUACGGGUCAUGUCUAUGCGAUGAAGGUGCUGCGAAAAGCGGACAUGCUGGAAAAGGAGCAAGUGGCGCACGUGCGAGCAGAAAGGGACGUGCUCGUAGAGGCCGACCACCAGUGGGUCGUUAAAAUGUAUUAUAGUUUUCAGGAUCCAAUUAAUUUAUAUCUAAUUAUGGAAUUUCUGCCUGGCGGAGAUAUGAUGACGCUUCUGAUGAAAAAGGACACGCUCUCGGAGGACUGCACUCAGUUCUAUAUCGCCGAAACGGCACUAGCAAUAGAUUCAAUACAUAAAUUGGGUUUCAUCCAUCGCGACAUUAAGCCAGACAAUUUGCUGCUUGACGCCCGGGGACACUUGAAGCUUUCGGAUUUCGGCUUAUGUACAGGAUUGAAAAAAUCACAUCGGACCGACUUCUAUCGAGAUCUCUCCCAAGCUAAGCCUUCAGAUUUCAUUGGAACAUGUGCAAGUCCCAUGGACUCAAAACGUCGUGCGGAGAGUUGGAAACGUAACCGCCGAGCCUUAGCCUAUAGUACUGUUGGAACGCCGGACUACAUAGCGCCUGAAGUUUUUCUGCAAACGGGUUACGGUCCGGCAUGUGAUUGGUGGUCACUAGGCGUAAUAAUGUAUGAAAUGCUAAUGGGCUACCCGCCCUUCUGUUCGGACAAUCCGCAAGAUACAUAUCGAAAGGUAAUGAACUGGCGUGAGACCCUCAUCUUCCCGCCGGAGACACCAAUUUCGGAAGAAGCCAAGGAUACAAUAGUGAAAUUUUGCUGUGAGGCUGAACGACGGCUGGGCUCUCAACGAGGCAUAGAAGAUCUUAAGUCAAUAUCAUUUUUCCGAGGUGUCGACUGGGAGCAUAUUCGAGAACGCCCAGCCGCGAUACCGGUGGAAGUGCGCUCGAUUGAUGACACAUCCAACUUUGACGACUUCCCGGACGUUUCUCUAGAAAUACCGUCGGCUCCCAUUCCACAAGACGGCGAGAUCCUCAAAGAUUGGGUGUUCAUCAAUUACACGUUCAAACGUUUCGAGGGGCUCACGCAGUCGGUGAAAAAGUGAAUUAGAUAACCGCAAUGUAUCACAACAAACGCAAGCUGUAAACAGUCUAAUUAAGAUGCUUCUAUAUGUCGUCCAAAACCAACAAAACCUAAAGUAACUCGAGCGAAAUGCAAUUGGAUAUGAAACAGAAUAUAAUAAUCUUUUUUAGAGGAAAAGAAAAAUGAAAAAAAUUCUUAUUUUAAGUAAAAUAAAAGUUUAACAUUAACAAAUUCAUUAUUCUUAUUACUAGUACAAACGAGGAAGAUAAACACAAGAAAAUUCUAUAUUUAUUUCCUAUUUUUAAAUGAAACAAAAAAAAA